AUGAGGGUUUUGGCUCAGGCUGCUGACAGGGUGUCUAGGAGAUGUGCUAUGGGUACAGGUAGGCGCUGCAGAGAUGCACAAGGAUUGGGUGGUCCGAGUCAGGGCCCAUCCAAGAGAGAGGGAUCUAGUUCUAGCUCUGCUAGUGGCGGAUGGUCAGGUGGACGGGGAUCUAGUUCUGGUAGUGGGAGAUCCGGUUCUCGUCCAGCAUGGACUCAGUAUUCGGAGCAGCAUCCUACAUCUAGCACAGCUAGGACUCCUUCCAGGCAGACUGGGUUGACAUGGUUCAGUUGUGGGAAGGUGGGGCACUUUGCGAAGGAUUGCCCUAGUUUCACUCAGGGAGGUAAACAAGGCCAGAGCAAUGACCCAACAUGCUACUUUUGUGGGCAGGCGGGGCAUACCAAGAGGAGCUGCCCACUGAUCUACCCUAGUGAUACAGCAGUGCAGGGGACUGGAGCCCAACAGGGGCAUGGUAAUAUGGGUCAGCACCAGAGUCAAAAUGGUGCUACUUCCUCUGCAACAGGAUCAUCCAGUAGCAGGGCACCGUCGUCUUCUAGGGGUAGGGGUGGUAGGAAUACAAGGGGUCAGCCUGGGCGUUCUACCACACAGGCUAGGGUGUUCUCCAUGACCCAGCAGGAGGCAUAUGCCACUCCAGAUGUGAUUACUGACCGGGUGUUCAGAGAAUGUUAUGUCCAAGUAGACGAUGUGUGGUUGGAAGCCAAUUUGAUUCCUUUAGAAUUGGUAGAUUUGGAUAUUAUUUUGGGGAUGGAUUGGCUAGAGAAGCAUCAUGCGUCAGUGGAUUGUUUCCGAAAGGAAGUAACAAUUCGGAGUCCAGGACAACCCCAAACCAAGAGGUUACUCAAGAAAGGGUGUGAAGGAUUCUUAGCUCAUAUCAUUGACACUCAAGAGAUCACCUUGAAUCUGGAAGAUAUCCUCGUUGUUAGCGAGUUCCCAGAUGUCUUUCCAAAUGAUCUUCCUGGGUUACCUCUUGAAAGGGAAAUCGAGUUCACUAUCGAACUUCUUCCAGGCACCAAUCCUAUCUAUCUAACUCCUUAUAGGAUGGCACCAGCUGAGCUCCGGGAGUUGAAGACUCAGUUGCAGGAAUUAGUGGAUAUGAGAUUCAUCCAACCUUGUGUUUCUCCAUGGGGUGCACCGGUGUUGUUUGUGAGAAAGAAGGAUGGGACCAUGAGGUUAUGUAUUGAUUAUCGGCAGUUGAAUAAGGUGACAAUACGUAACCGGUAUCCUUUGCCUCGGAUUGAUGAUUUGUUCGAUCAGUUGAAGGAUGCUAAGUACUUCUCUAAGAUUGAUCUGAGAUCAGGGUACCAUCAGUUGAGGAUUAGAGAAGAGGAUGUUCCCAAGACCGCAUUCAGAACGCGGUAUGGUCAUUAUGAAUUUCUAGUGAUGCCGUUUGGACUGACGAAUGCUCCAGCAGAGUUUAUGGAUCUCAUGAACAGAGUGUUCCGACCAUACUUGGAUCACUUUGUGAUUGUGUUCAUAGAUGACAUCUUGGUUUACUCCAAGACUUUGGAAGGGCAUAAGAAGCAUCUAAGGUUGGUACUGAGGACUUUAAGGAGGAAGCAGCUUUAUGCCAAAUUUAGCAAGUGUCAGUUUUGGUUGGAUAGAGUGGUAUUCCUUGGACAUGUAAUCUCAACGGAAGGGAUUUAUGUGGAUCCGCAGAAAGUUGAAGCUAUUGUGAAUUGGGUACAACCCACAAGUGUGACGGAAGUACGGAGUUUUCUGGGGUUAGCAGGCUACUACUGUCGAUUUGUAGAAGGGUUCUCUUCGAUAGCAGCACCUCUCACGAGGUUGACAAGGAAAGACAUUACAUUUGAGUGGACGGAGGAGUGCGAAUAG